UGAUUUCUGUCACUGCAAAGUACAUGAAUGAGUCAAGGUAAGAGUGAACAAAAUCUGGAGUGAAAUGCUGUGGGAAUGUGCCUGAAGGGCAGUGUCCAAGAAACUAACAAAUAAUAACAAAUACGCCGUGUGCCUUGAAGGAAUAGCUGACUGGGUACGGGAAACGGGUAUGUUUGUUCAUCAGUGGUCUCUCAGCUCUUCUGACAUCUUUUCAACUCCUUUGCCUUCUUCACUUGGGUACCUAGAAAGUAGAACUACAGACAAUGCUUCCGAGCCUGAAAACUGUGUCUUUAAUGAGGGAUUUAAAUAUGUGCUUCUUCCAGUCACCUACAGUAUCGUCUUUGUCGUGGGCUUGAUAUUAAACACUAUUUCCUUGUGGAUGUUCACCUGCCAGAUGCGCCCAUGGAACCCCAGCACCAUUUAUAUGUUUAACCUUACAGUUUCCGAUACUCUGUAUUUGUUUUCCCUGCCACUGCUAGCAUACUACUAUUCAAAGGAAAAUUAUUGGCCCUUUGGAGUGGGCCUUUGCAAGAUUGUCCGCUUCUUAUUUUAUACUAACCUUUAUGGCAGCAUCCUCUUUCUCACUUGUAUUAGCAUGCACCGCUAUGUAGGUAUAUGUCACCCUAUAUGGGCCUUGAAGUGGGUCAAUGUAAAAUAUGCCAGCAUUAUCUGUGCCUGUGUGUGGGUUGUUGUGAUUAUCUGUAUUAUUCCUAACCUUUUCUUUGUAACAGUCAGGGAAAGUGGUAACACCACUCUGUGUUAUGACACUACCACACCAGAUAAGUUUGAACAAUAUGUUUACUACAGUUCUGUAAUCAUGAUUUUGCUUUUUGCUAUCCCAAUUGUUGUAAUCAUAGUUUGUUACUGUUUGAUGGCCAAGGAAUUAAGUAAGCCUUUUGCUUCCAGUUCCAUUAGCAAUGAAUCAAUAUCCAUGGUGAAAAAGAAAUCUUUAAAAAUGGUUAUCAUAGUUUUAGUGGUGAUAAUUAUUUGCUUUGUUCCUUUCCACAUCACACGGACCUUGUAUUACACAUUCCGGUUGUAUAACUAUAAUUGUCAUAAGCUGAACACUGUGAACUUGGCCUACAAGCUCACCAGACCCUUAGCGAGUAGCAACAGUUGCCUUGAUCCCAUUUUGUACUUCUUUGCAGGUGACAACUACAGGAACAAGCUGCUUCAAGCUCUUGCAAAGGUUUGUCCUUCAGAAAGGCUCCCCUUAAUUUGGUGGAUCAAUCGAUCUGAAGAGAGGAAGUAACAACAUGCGAAUGAUGGCUCAUGAAAUAGGCUAAAAUGAUGUUGCCUAUCCAUGAAUUCUAUAAAGCAGCAUUUCUUGCAGAAGGAAAAGCAAUGGUCUUCAUGUGUAGCAAAGUGUCAGAGGCCUUAAAAUGCAUUUGCAAUGUCAAGUUUGCAUUAAAAUGGUUGACUUUGAUGUAACAUAAAAUUUAAAGUAUACAUGAUUUUAAUUUCUGGAAGAAAGUGUGAUGGGGAUUAUGAUCUAUGUGAAGAUGUAAGGCUAUGAGCUGCUGAAUGUUACAUGUUAUAUAGCAAACAUUGAUUUUCAUCAUUUGGAUUCCACAAGCUUUCUAAAUGUUCACAAAUUCUUUUGCAGUGGGUGAGCUUCACCUUCUAAAAACUGAGGUGCAAUGGCAAUUUAUUCAUCAUUAAAUAAAGACUAAAAUGGUAAAUAGAA